GGGGGAAUCUCUGCGGCAAGCCUGUGGCGGAGAGCAGCAGCGGUGUCCGAAGGGGCCAGGUGCCGCGAGGGACUGGUGGCUGCCAGCUCCAAGAGUAAUUUCUCUCAGAAGAGACCUUUAAUUCCUUGACUAAGAGAAUGGGUAAAAAAGUAAAGAAGGAAGGAGAGUCUCCACCCAAGGAUGUGCUUGAUCCUUUAUUGAUUGAAAGCAAAACAGCAGCAACAGUUGUGUUAAUGCUUAGUUCUCCUGAAGAGGAAGUUUUGGCCAAAGCAUGUGAUUCUCUCUAUAAAUUUGCAUCAAAAGGUGAUGAAAACAAAGCAACGCUUCUUGGUCUUGGUGCUGUGGAACAGCUGUAUAAACUCAUCUCACAUGAAGAUCCAACUGUACGUAGAAAUGCCAUCAUGGUAUUUGGCAUCAUGGCUUCUAAUUAUGAUGUCAAGAAGUUACUGAGGGAACUGGAUGUCACAAAUUCACUUAUAUCACACCUGGUGCCAGAAGAAGAUGUAGUUAUUCAUGAAUUUGCUACUCUCUGUCUUGCAUAUAUGGCUGUUGAAUAUACUACUAAAGUACAAAUAUUUGAGCAAGGUGGAUUAGAACCACUUAUCAGGCUGCUAGGUAGCCCUGAUCCUGAUGUUCAGAAGAAUUCAGUUGAAUGUAUCUACCUCCUGGUGCAGGAUUUUCAAAGCCGUGCUGCAGUUCGUGAACUGAACAUAAUUCCACCCUUGCUGGAACUACUGAAAUCUGAAUACCCAGUUAUUCAGUUGCUAGCCCUUAAAACCUUAGAAGUAAUUAGCAAAGAUGGAGAAACCAGGAUAAUGCUGGGAGAAAAUAGAGGAUUAGAUUGUCUUCUGACGAUACUGGAAACUGAUGAAUUCAGUGAUCUACAUGUGGAAGCUCUUGCUGUGUUGGGAAAUUGUCUCGAAGAUGUGCAUACUCUGCAACUGAUUCAGCAGUCAGGAGGCCUUAGAAAGCUACUUUCAUUUGUAGGAGACUCUACCAUUCCCGAUAUUCAGAAGAAUGCAGCAAAGGCAAUUACCAAAGCAGCUUAUGACUCGGAAAAUAGAAAUAUCUUAAAUGAGGAAGAGGUUGAAAAGUGUCUCAUAAACCUUUUGGAAACUGAUAAUGAUGGAGUUAAAGUUGCUGCUUCCCAAGCAAUUUCUGCCAUGUGUGCGAAUUCAGCUAGCAAACGUGCAUUUGGACUCCAGGGGAUUCCCCAGCUAGUACAGUUGCUAAGCAGUGACAAUGAAGAGGUAAAAGAAGCUGCAGUGACAGUAUUAGUUAAUUUGACAGCAGCCAGUCCUAGUAAUGCAAGUGCUGUUGCUGAGGCUGAAGGAAUUGAGCCAUUAUUAAAUACCUUGUAUGCUCAGCGAGAUGGAGCCAUUGCUAAUGCUGCUACAGUUCUAACAAAUCUGGCCAUGCAAGAGCCAUUACGUGUAAAUAUCCAGAGCCACGGUAUUAUGAGUGUGCUUGCAGAACCGCUGCGCUCGACCAACAACCAAGUGCAAAGCAAAGCAGCAUUUGCUGUGACUGUGUUUGGUUGUGAUGCUGAUGCAAGGACUGAGUUAAGAAAAGCAGGUGGACUGGGACCACUCGUUGAACUGCUGCAUUCUAAAAAUGAAGAAGUCAGAAGAAAUGCCUGUUGGGCUGUUAUGAUCUGUGCAAGUGAUGAACUAACUGCUGUUGAACUAUGCAGGCUAGGUGCUUUAGAUAUCCUUGAAGAAAUUAAUCUAUCAAUAAGCCGCAAAAAUAACUUUAGUAAAGCUGCUCUGGAAAAGCUACUUGAUAACAACCUUUCCCAAAAGUACAGCCAGAUGGGAUAUUUAUCAUCAAAUAAUAUCAUUACUGAUGGAUUCUAUGAUUGUGGUCAGAUAAAACGUGGAAUGAAAUUUUCAUCUCUGGAGGAAUUGAGUAUGCAAGCUCUUACUGACCGUCGGGCCAUAAUCUUCAUUAAUGCUAAACCACAAGAAGAGCAAGCCAGUCCUCCAGGAGAGGAGAAGGCACACGAUUCAUCUCAUGAACAAACUAUCUUAUCACCUUCUAUUUCAAGAAAAAGCAGUAGAGAGAAAACAAGAAAAGGGAAGGGGAAAAAAGAAGAGGAAAAAUCAAAAGAAGUUAUUCAGAUUCUGUCUGCAGUCCAGGAUGAAAUAAAUCUACAAAAUACACAGUGGCUACCACCACCUGACCUCAUUUUACUUGAUUACAUUAAUGAUGCUUCCAAAACAAUUUUACCACUAACUACUACAAGGGAACAGGUUGUGGCUCUUGCACAAGGAAUUAUAGAUGCAACUGAUUCUGGUAUACACUGGAACAGGUUUGUUGCAGACAAGAUGGGUGGCCCGAUUGAAAGAGACAAACUUAACUUCAGCUGGGAACUUCACAUAAGCGAAAUAGAAUUUGAACUGAAAUGCAACGUUGUGCCUAUCGGGAAAGUAAAAAAAGGGACAUUCUACCACAGGGCUUUACUUUUCAAGGCGAUAGCAGACAGAAUUGGCAUUGGCUGUAGUUUAGUUCGUGGCAAGUACAACAGAGCUUGGAAUGAAGUUAAAUUGGUUGAUGACUCUCCUCAAGGAAUAACUGGGCUUCUGCUUCCCCCUCGCGAGUAUAUUGUAGAUCUAAUGUUUGAGCCAGGCCGUUUGAUAAAAGAGGGCAGCGUAGAGGCAGAUCAGUACAAACAUAUUUAAUCAUUUCGACAAAUGUCACCAAAGUAGCUAUUUUAAAGAUGUUUGCAGUGCUAAUAUUUAUGAAACAUGAGGGGUUUCAGGUCCAGCUAUCAAAAAGAAGCAUAACUGGUAUGUUGUCCUAAAUGUUGAGUUAAACGUAUUUUAGGUAUCCAA